AUGACUUGGACAAAGCCAUUUGACGAGGGUGCAGAGCAUGUCAAAGGGGUCGCCAGGGUCGAAGACCCGCUGCUGAACAAGGGAACGGCUUUCACCGAGCAGGAACGGAUCGAUCUCGAUCUGAUGGGCCUGCUGCCGCCUCACAUCGACACACUUGAAGAACAGGCUUCGCGCUCUUACGAAGCGUUUUCGGUCAAAGACUCGGACAUCGAGAAACACAUUUUUCUGCGUCAGCUUCAAGACGAGAACGAGACGCUGUUUUAUCGCGUGUUGCUCGAUCACGUCGAAGAGAUGAUGCCGAUCGUUUAUACGCCGGUGGUUGGGCUGGCUUGUCAGCAGUUCAGCCACAUCUACCGCCGUCCACGCGGGGUGUUCAUCGCUUAUCCCAAUCGCGAUUCGCUUGACGAGAUCUUUGAUAACGUCAAACGCGAGACAGACGUGAUUGUGGUGACCGAUGGCGAACGAAUUCUCGGCCUGGGUGACCAGGGAGCCGGCGGGAUGGGAAUUCCGAUUGGCAAGCUCUCGCUGUACACGCUGUGCGGUGGCAUUCACCCGGCCCGAACCCUACCCGUGGUGCUGGACCUGGGCACCAACAACAUGGAACGCCGCAACGACCCGCGCUAUAUCGGCUGGCGACACGAGCGGAUCAAGGGCAAGGAAUACGACGAAUUUAUCGAGCAGUUCGUGCAGGCCGUAAUGCGGCGUUUCCCUAACGUGCUGUUGCAGUGGGAAGACUUCGCUUCGGUCGAUGCCGAACCCAUCUUGCAGCGCUAUCGCGAUCGGCUGUGCACGUUCAACGAUGACAUCCAGGGCACGGCCGCCGUGGCAACCGGGACGAUUCUCGCAGCCAUCGCAGCCACGAAGGGAGACUUCUCCCAGCAGCGGUUCGUGAUGCUGGGGGCGGGAUCGGCGGGCAUCGGAAUCACACGGCAGCUCAUUCUCGCCAUGACCCGUAGUGGUAUGAGCGAGGAAGAAGCACGUCGCCGGUUCUACAUGAUCGAUAUCGGUGGCUUGAUUCACAGCGAGCGAGCGGACCUCGACGAAGUUCAUCGCCCUCUGGCUCAGAAGGCCGAGGAUCUCAAGGACUGGGGAUGCGAUCUUUCGCAGCCGAUUUCGUUCGAAGAUGUUGUGAAACAGGCGAAGCCUACGGUUCUAGUAGGGGCGACUGGACAAAGCGGGGCGUUUUCCGAACCGAUCAUUCGCGAAAUGGCCAAACAUACAGAGCGGCCAGUGAUUUUCCCGCUGUCGAACCCCACUUCGCGGGCCGAGGCCACUCCUGAAGACCUGAUGAAAUGGACUGACGGGAAGGCCAUUGUGGCGACGGGAAGUCCGUUCGCCCCAGUGGAAUACAAGGGUGUCACGCACAAAAUUGCCCAAUGCAACAACAGCUACAUCUUCCCUGCCAUGGGGCUAGGCAUUCUCAGUGCGAAAGCCACUCGGGUGACCGAUUCGAUGUUCAUGGCCGCCGCGAAUGCUCUCAAAGAGACUUCGCCGGCGCUGAAGAACCCGAAUGACUCGCUGUUGCCGCCACUUCACACCAUUCGCGAAGUGACACGACACAUUGCGAUUGCAGUGGCCCACGAGGCCCAAGCCUGCGGUGUGGCCGAGAAAACUUCGCCCGAAGAUCUCGAGAAGCAGGUCGACGAGACGAUGUGGUUCGGUAGCUUGAAACGUUUCGCCCAGCUCUAUCAAACGACCAUCGGCAAGAAGUUUAUCGCCGCGGUGACCGGGACUAUCCUGUUCGGGUUUGUCGUGAUGCAUAUGGCCGGCAACCUGAAGGUUUUCGUCGGCGACAACAGUUCCGGCGUGCCCGAUAUCAACGUGUAUGCGAAAUUCCUCCGCACGAUGGGCGAACCGUUGCUUCCCUAUUCGGUGGCACUCUGGACGGUUCGCAUCAUCCUGAUCAUCGCCCUCAUCCUGCACUUAGUGACCGUGAUUAGCCUGGCUUCGCGGAACAACACGGUUCGCACCAAGGGAUAUCACGAACACAACUACGAUCACGCCUCGUGGCCGGCACGCAUGAUGCUUGUAAGUGGCUUACUAUUGCUCACAUUCGUCGUGUUUCACUUGCUGCAAUUCACCACGGGUACGAUCAAUAUCACCCCGAUUGUUGAUGGGGAUGUGUACUCGAAUCUGUACUAUGCCUUCCAGAAGUGGUAUUUCGCGCUAAUCUAUUUGGCGGCGAUGGCCAUGUUGGGCCUGCACUUGUAUCACGGGGCUUGGAGCUUGUUUCAAACCCUUGGGUUCGACAACCCGGAUCGAAAUCGCGCGUUGCGCAUGUUUGCUACCGUGGCCGCAGUGAUUGUUUUCCUGGGGUUCUCCUCGGUUCCAGUCAUGUUCUUUACCGGUGCCAUGGCGGACCCUCCCGAGGUCAUUGUCGUCGGCACCGGGCUCGCGGGAGCUUCGGCCGCUUCGUCGAUGGCCUCGAUGGGCUACAACGUCGAGUGCUUCUGUUUCCAAGACAGCCCCCGGCGUGCCCACAGUAUCGCGGCCCAGGGUGGUAUCAACGCCGCGAAGGACAACCGUAACGACGGCGACUCGGUCUACCGGCUGUUCUACGACACGCAAAAGGGUGGCGACUAUCGCUCGCGGGAAGCCAACGUCUACCGUCUGGCCCAGUUGAGCAUGGGCAUCAUCGAUCAGGCCACAGCCCAGGGUGUACCGUUCGCACGCGAGUACGGCGGCAUGCUGGCAAACCGCUCGUUCGGUGGUGUGCUGGUCGAACGAACCUUCUAUUGCCGGGGUGAAACUGGGCAGCAACUUUUGUUAGGAGCCAAUUCGGCUCUUGCCCAGCAGAUUCACGAAGGCAAAGUCACGAUGCACCCCCGGACCGAGCUGCUCGAUAUCGUCGUGGUCGACGGUCGAGCGCGGGGCAUCAUUGUUCGCGACUUGGUCACAGGUGAGAUUCGCCCUGUAGCUGCGGACGCCGUAGUGCUGGCCUCCGGCGGUUACGCGAACGUUUACUAUCUCUCGACCAACGCCAAAGGCUGCAACGUCACAGCCACGUGGCGGGCGCAUCGUCGUGGGGCUGGUUAUGCGAACCCCUGCUACGUGCAAAUUCACCCAACCUGCAUUCCAGCUUCUGGCGAACAUCAGGCCAAGCUCACUUUGAUGAGUGAAUCGCUCCGCAACGACGGGCGAAUUUGGGUGCCGAAGAAGCAGGACGACGACCGUCACCCGCGAGAUAUCCCGGAAGAGGAGCGCUAUUACUAUCUCGAAGAACGCUACCCGCGAUUCGGGAACCUGGUUCCUCGCGAUGUGGCCUCGCGGAACGCCAAGCAGGUGUGUGACGCAGGGCUUGGAGUGGGAGCGACGGGCAACGGUGUGUAUCUCGAUUUCCGCGAUGCCAUCAAGGAUCGGGGAUUGGAAACGAUCGAAGGCCGGUAUCAGAAUCUCUUCGAAAUGUACGAACGUAUCACCGACGACAACCCCCGCAAGAUGCCGAUGCGGAUCUAUCCCGCGCCGCAUUACACCAUGGGCGGGCUGUGGGUCGACUACAACCUGAUGACGAGCGUGCAAGGGUUAUUCGCUAUCGGCGAAGCCAACUUCUCCGACCACGGUGCCAAUCGGCUGGGGGCCAGCUCGAUGAUGCAGUGCCUGGCCGAUGGGUACUUCAUCUUGCCGGUCACCAUCGGUGACUACUUGAGUCGUUACCCCUCGAGUGAGAUUGGUGCGGACGACCAGCACUUCUCGACUGUAGCGGAAGAAGCCCGCGAGCGGACGCGAAAGCUGUUCGCAAUUGGCGGAAAACGCCCGGUCAGCUCGCUUCAUCGCGAGUUGGGCAAGCUGAUGAUCGACAAGUGCGGCAUCUCUCGCAAUCGCCAAGGUUUGGAAGAGGCCCUGAAACGCAUCCCCGAGCUGCGGGAAGAGUUCUGGACCAACCUCAAAUUGUGCGGUGGCCCGGAAGAGUUCAAUCAAGACCUGGAACACGCCGGGCGGCUGGCCGACUUCCUCGAGUUCUCGGAACUGAUGUGUCUCGAUGCAUUGGACCGCGACGAAUCUUGUGGCUGUCACUUCCGCGAGGAGUACGCCACCGAGGAAGGUGAGGCACUGCGAAACGACGACGAGUUUGCCCACGUUUCUGUCUGGGAGCAUGGCGAAGACGGCCAGGCUCCGAAGCUGUGGAAAGAGCCGCUCGAGUUCGAGGCCCUUCCCUUGGCCCAACGGCUCGUUGCCGAUCGCUGCAACCAUACUCUCAGCAACCGACUUGCCAUGAAAUUCACGCUACAUAUCUGGCGACAGAAGAACGCCAAAGACGCUGGCAGCUUUGUUCGCUAUGUCGUUGAAGACAUCAGCCCCAACAUGUCGUUUCUCGAAAUGAUGGACGUGCUGAACUCUCAACUGGCCGAGAAAGGCGAAGAGCCGGUAGCUUUCGAUUCCGACUGCCGCGAGGGCGUCUGUGGAAUGUGCUCGCUGGUGAUUGAUGGUAAGGCCCACGGCCCGCUGCAUGGAACCACCACCUGCCAGUUGUACAUGCGGCAUUUCACCGACGGUGCUCAGAUCUACAUCGAGCCCUGGCGGAGCGAUUCAUUCCCGGUAGUUCGCGACUUGGUCGUGAACCGUUCGGCUUUCGAUCGAAUCAUGCAGGCCGGCGGCUACAUCAGUGUUCAUUCGGGCCCGAAACCCGAUCCGAACGCGAUGCUGGUUGAACCAGACGUUUCGGAAAAGGCCCUCGACGCUGCCACCUGCAUUGGCUGUGGAGCUUGCGUUGCGGCUUGCCCCAACGGCGCGGCGAUGCUGUACACCGCGGCGAAGGUUUCCCACCUGGGCAUGCUCCCGCAAGGUCAGCCCGAGCGCUAUCCUCGCGUGGUGCGAAUGGUCGAGCAGAUGGACAAGGAAGGCUUCGGCUCGUGCCGCAAUUAUGCCGAGUGCGAAGCUCAGUGCCCCAAGGAAAUCAGCAUCGACUUCAUUGCGAGAAUGAAUCGCGACUAUUUGAAGGCGGUGCUGGUCAACCCGAUGGAUCCCCGCGGGGAUAUGACGAACGAAGGCGUGAAGUACGUCUUUGGCAUUCCGGGUGCGAAGAUCGAUGCCGUGUUCAAUUCGCUGGCCGACGGUGGCCCCGAGUUGAUUCUCUGCCGGCACGAACAGAAUGCUGCCUUCAUGGCCGCCUGCAUCGGGCGACUUACAGGUUCUCCCGGUGUGGUCGUGGUUACAUCAGGGCCUGGGGUUUGCAAUCUGACGACGGGGCUCGCCACAGCGACCACCGAAGGCGACCCGGUGGUGGCGUUUGGCGGAGCAGUUCCCCGCUCGAUGCAAUUGAAGGCGACGCACCAGAGCUUGGAUAACGUCUCGGUGAUGAAACCGGUGACGAAGAGCAGCGUGGAGGUCGUAGUUCCCGAGUCGAUUCCUGAAGUGAUUCAAAACGCGUUUCGCCUGGCAAGUCGGUCGCGGGGCGGUGCCACGUUCGUCAGCCUGCCUCAAGAUGUGAUGGGCGAGACAACCGGGGCUUCGGCCUGGAAGCCGGUUGAAGACUCGCGGCCCGGUGCGGCUUCAGCCGAAUCGCUCAAUCGGGCGGUUGAGCUAAUCAAAAAAGCCAAAGAGCCUGUGUUGUUUCUGGGGCUGGAAGCUAGUCGCCCGGGGAAUGCGAAGGCUAUUCGAGCGUUCUUGGCUAGCCACCCCAUGGCAACCGUGAUGUCGUACGAGGCGGCGGGUACUAUCUCGCGAGAACUCGAGCAUCUGUUCGGAGGCCGGGUCGGAUUGUUUAAGAACCAACCUGGUGACCGUUUGCUGGAAACGGCCGACCUGGUGGUGACCGUGGGCUUCGACCCUGUGGAGUACGACCCGUCGACUUGGAAUUCUGAAAAUGCGUUGACGAUUGUGCACAUCGAUGAGGUCGCCUCACAGAUCGAUCGAUGCUAUCGACCGGCGGUGGAACUGCUGGGUGAUGUCGCGGCUACGUUCGAAACCCUGUCCGAACAGCUCAAGCCCUGGAGUGAAGUUCCUAGGGCAGACACGCUGCAAAAAGUACGUGCUGAUCUAGAAGCGGACCUGAAGCGCGGUGCGAAACUCGACGGUUCGCCCAUCCAUCCCUUGCGAUUCAUCCACGACCUGCGGGCCGAACUGGAUGACGAAACGACGGUGGUUUGCGACAUCGGUUCUCACUACAUGUGGAUGGCCCGACAUUUCUAUUCGUACGAGCCGAGGCAUUUGCUAUUCAGCAACGGGCAGCAAACUUUGGGCGUCGCACUGCCCUGGGCGAUGGCGGCCUCGCUGGUGCGACCGGAGAAGAAGAUCGUCUCGAUCUCGGGCGACGGGGGCUUCUUGUUCUCGGCCAUGGAACUGGAAAACGCCGUGCGGAUAGGGUCCAACUUCGUGCACUUCGUGUGGCGCGAUGGCUCCUACGACAUGGUUGGCAGCCAGGAGCGGAUGAAAUAUGGCCGUGAGUUCGGGGUACGCUUCGGAAGUGUCGACCUGAUUAAGUUCGCCGAGAGCUUUGGGGCGACCGGCUUCGCGAUUAAACACGCGGACGAGAUAAUUCCCACGCUGAGGAAAGCGAUGGAAAUUCCCGGGCCGGUGUUGAUCGAUGUUCCGAUUGACUACUCGGAGAACGAUGCCCUGUUCGCCACGGUCCACUCAGACUGGCCUACCACGGUGCAAACCACCGCCCUGCUGUUCAAGUGGCAGGCGAAUCUGUUUGCCGCCGGUUCGAUGGCCCUGAUGAUUGGUGGCGCCGUGAUGAUUCUAGUCGGCCUCUACGGCAGCCUGGCCGGCGCGGGUCUGUGCUUGUUCUGUCUGGGCGGGGCGCGGGUGCAUUACAAACUAGGUGCAAUGGCUGGCGCGACCAAGCUUUCUUCGACCGCGAGCCAGGAAGACGUGGAGGCCGCCGCGGGGGCUACUACUCUGGCGGUGGUCGGGCAUGUGACCUCGGCAGAGAAAAACUUCGUUUUGGCAGCAGUCGGCUUCUUUUUCUUUCUGAUGGGCACUGGCCCUUGGAGUCUGGUCGACUUCCAGCCGUUUUCGUAG